AUGGCGGACACGAUGCUAUUGUCGUCGGCUGUACGCCUGCCCACCCCGCCUCCAGGCGGCUCUUACUCACCAGGACCUUCAGGUGCAAAAAAGAGGUCGCCGCCCUCCCGAUCACCUUCUCCUCGACGUCGCAGGCCAGCUCCCACGGAAGAUGACUCCCGACGGAGGACGGACGGUGGAGAGCAGGAGCGGGCAGUUGAUGACCGUGAACGACAAUUGAUGGCAAGGUUCAAAUCAAAAGAAAAUGAAGACACCAGACGCAAGCCGAUGACAGCGGAGGAGAAGCAGGCAUCUGCUAAGGCCGAAUACGAAAAACUACUCAACAUGCGAUCUGGAGGCACAUACAUUCCUCCUGCCAGGCUAAGCGCUCUGCAGGCGGAGAUCACGGACAAGACCAGCAAAGAAUACCAGCGCAUGGCUUGGGAGGCUUUGAAGAAAUCAAUCAACGGUCUCAUCAACAAGAUCAAUGUCUCCAACAUCAAAUAUAUCGUACCGGAGUUGUUUGGGGAGAACCUGGUUCGCGGUCGAGGGUUAUUCUGCCGGAGUAUCAUGAAGGCGCAGGCCGCCUCUCUUCCUUUCACGCCUAUCUAUGCCGCUAUGGCUGCGAUCGUCAACACCAAAUUGCCUCAGGUCGGAGAGCUAUUAUUGAACCGUCUAGUCGUCCAGUUCCGCAAAGCUUUCAAGAGAAAUGACAAGGCCGUGUGCAUAUCGUCAACUACAUUUAUUGCUCACCUCUGCAACCAGCAGGUUGCUCAUGAGACAGUUGCGGCACAGCUUCUCCUGUUACUGCUACACAAACCUACGGACGACUCGGUCGAAAUCGCGGUUGGCCUUACGAGAGAAGUAGGCCAGCAUUUGGAGGAGAUGAGCCAGCCGAUCGCCUUGGCUGUCUUUGACCAAUUCCGCAGUAUUCUGCACGAGGCCGACAUCGACAAAAGAACCCAAUACAUGAUCGAAGUUCUGUUCCAAGUGAGAAAGGACCGCUACAAGGACAACCCGGCUAUCAGAGAAGAGCUUGAUCUGGUAGAGGAAGAAGAUCAGAUUACACAUCAAGUCGAUUUGGACGACGAUAUCGAGGUGCAAGAUACCCUCAAUAUUUUCAAGUACGAUGCUGAAUGGGAAGAACACGAAGAGGCAUACAGAAAAUUGAAGGCCGAAAUCUUGGGUGAGGACAGCGGUGUUGAAGAUGGAGACGAAAGUGGCUCCGAAGAAAGCUCCGAUGACGAAGACGCAGAGCAAGAACGUGCCAUGGAAAUCAAGGAUCAGACAAACACGGAUCUCGUCAACUUGCGAAAAACGAUCUAUCUGACCAUCAUGUCAAGUCUCGACUUCGAAGAAGCCUGCCACAAGUUGAUGAAAGUCCAACUCCCGACAGGUCAGGAAUCAGAAUUGCCGUCUAUGAUCAUCGAGUGCUGCUCGCAAGAGAAGACCUAUUCCAAAUUCUUCGGUCUCGUCGGCGAGAGGUUCGCCAAGCUCAACCGCCUGUGGACCAAUCUGUUCGAAGAAGCCUUCGCUCGUUAUUACGACACUAUUCACCGCUACGAGACGAACCGUCUGCGAAACAUUGCUCGCUUCUUUGGCCACCUGUUGAGCACGGAUGCCCUUGGCUGGCACGUUUUCUCGGUCGUACACCUCAACGAAGACGAAACCACCUCGAGCAGCCGUAUCUUCAUCAAGAUUCUUUUCCAAGACCUAGCUGAGUCACUGGGCAUGCCCAAAUUGCAGGAACGCAUGAAAGACGACAUCCUCCGAGGCAGCUUCACCGGUCUUUUCCCGAUCGACAAUCCUCGCAACACUCGCUUCUCCAUCAAUUACUUCACCAGUAUCGGCAUGGGUGCUCUCACGGAGGAGAUGCGCGAGCACCUUAAGAACAUUCCCAAACCAGCGCCUCCUUCUCUUCCCGCGGUGAAAGACGAUGUGUCUGACUCGGAGAGCGUUAGCUCCUACUCGAGCUACUCCAGCUACUCGUCAAGCAGGUCAUACUCUAGAAGUCCGACACCAGACCGAAGGAAGGUUAGAGAUGCCCCACCAGCAAGUCGAGAUGCUAGAGGACGAGGAAGGAGUUAUAGCCGCACGAUCUCGCGGUCGAGGUCGCCACCACCUCGGAAGGCAAAAGACAGGAGCUACAGCGCUUCAGUAUCAAGGUCGCGAUCACCACCCCGACGUGUCCAGCGAAAAGCGCCUGUACAUUCUGUAUCUCGAAGCCCUCCCCCACGGCGAAACGCCGCGCCUCCUCGCGGCCGAGCUCGCACACGCUCUGUGUCGUACAGCUCCCACUCUCGAUCCCCUCCUCCUCGCAAAGGCGCCCCGGUGCGUCGCAAUGGCUACUCGAGUUCGCGGUCGCCGUCAGUGUCUCGGUCACCCGCGCCACGACGCCGCAAUGUCUCGCGCUCACCAUCCCGAUCACGCUCACCGCCACGCUUCAGCCGUGGUAAAGGACCCGCCCGCUCGCCCUCGCGAUCGGCGCCUCCUCCACCUCGUCGGGCUAAUGCGAGACACUCGAGAAGCAGAAGCCCGCCGCCGCGCAAGCCAGCGCCACGAGCCAGACGCAACUCUUCAAGUUAUAGUGAAGGCUCUGUGCCUCGGUCGCCACCAUCCAGACGACCUGCUCAGUCACGCGAUGAUAAUAGGAGACGAUCGCCAAGUCCGGUAAGGCGCAGACGGACUCCAAGUCCUGCACGUGCUGGAGGAAGUGGAAGAGCAAGAGCUGCUGAUUUCAAGUAA